AGGAAAGAAAGAGAAGAGGAGAUUGAAAGUAAAGAAGGAGGAAGGAGAAGAGAAGAGACAGUUGGGGCUGCGAUCAGAAGUAGUCUGGUAUGGAAAAAGUUUUGAUUUUUCAGAAGAAGAAAAGAUGAACGACUGAAACAGAAUUGUGGGAAGGCUUUUGUUUUGGCUACUUACGAUUCUCGUUGCAUUUCUAAAACCUUGAGGGGACUCUUAUCAGUAUUGUCUGGCAUGUGGUCAUUACAGGCUUCCAAGACACGGCUCUUCUCCUCACUGCCAUCUAUUACUUCUCUCUCUAAUGUAGAAACCCAAUUGAGAGCUCUUUUGGAGGACCCAGAUCCUAAAAUUUCAGAGGCAAUUUCGAUUUUUCAUCAUGCCAUACAUUCCAACCGCUUGCCUUCAGGUUCGGCCGCAGCCUGCAAUUUUCUCGUAGACACUCUCUCAAGGUCGAAAAAUUAUGAACUAGCAUUCUCAGUUUAUACUAAGAUGACCAAGGUUGGUAUUUUUACAAGCUUUGUAUCAUUGAGUUGUUUGGUUUCAUAUUUUGUCAAUAUCCGUAAGCCCGAAUUCGCACAUGGGGUUUUCUGCUUGGUAUUAAAGCGCGGAUUUCAGUUAAAUGAGUGUGUUAUGAAUCUUGCAUUAAAGGGUUUUUGUUCGAAUGAUGAAGUUGACAAGGCAAUCGAGUUGUUUAGAGUAAUGGGAAGACAUUUUGUAACGCCUGGCAUUCGUAGUUAUAACAUUCUUAUAGAUGGACUUUGCAAAGCAAAAAAGUUGAAAGAAGCAGUGGAAUUGUUGGUUGAUAUGGAGGUGUCAGAUUCUGAACCGAAUGUGGUAACGUACAGCACAUUGAUUAAUGGAUUUUGUAAACAGGGUAGAAUGGACGAGGCCAUGGGUUUCUUGGAGGAAAUGAGGCAAAAGGGUUUGGAAAUAGAUGUUUUUGUAUAUAGUGCCCUUAUAAGUGGUUUUUGUGCUAAAGGGAGUUUUGAUAGAGGAAAACAACUGUUCGAUGAGAUGUUAAACAAGGGUAUUUCUCCUAAUGUGGUUACAUAUAGUUGUUUGAUUAAUUUUCUUUCAAAGACAGGGAAGUGGAAAGAAGUCACUGUGAUGGUAAAUGAUAUGGCACAAAGUGGAGUUCCCCCUGAUGCUGUUACUUACACAGGUAUCCUUGAUGGGCUUUUCAAAAAUGGAAUGGCUACAAAAGCCAUGGGGAUAUUCACUUUAAUGCUCAUGAAGGGUAAAGAGCCUAAUAAUGUAACAUACAACGUUAUGAUUGAUGGACUAUGCAAGGAGGGGUUGAUGGAUGAUGCUUUAAAGAUCUUAGAAAUGAUGAAAGGGAAAGGUGUAAAGCCUGAUGUAAUUACUUACAACACAUUACUAAUGGGACUGUUCUGUGAUGGGAAGGUUGAUGAGGCAAUGAAACUUUUCAGUAAGAUAACAAACGAUGAGAACUUUGUUGAGCCAGAUGUUAUCACAUAUAACAUGGUCAUUUUGGGACUGUGCAAGGAAGGUAAUCUUGAUGAGGCUAUGGAGAUUUAUCAUACAAUGAUUGAAAGGGGCAUUUCUGGUAGCUUAUGUACUUAUAAUACUUUGAUAGAUAGAUGCCUACAGGAAGGAUUAGCUGACAAGGCCAUAGAAUUCUGGAGACAUGCAGUGGACUUGGGAGUUAUUCCUAAUUCAAUCACUUACGGUGUCAUGAUCAAUGGAUUUUGCAAAAAUCAAAUGUUCAGGGUUGCAAAAGGACUUUUUACUAAAAUGAGAGCUUCUGGGAUUAGUCCUACUGUAAAUGACUACAAUGCUUUGAUGUCAUCGUUGUGCAAGGAGGGUAGUUUGGGGCAAGCUAGGAUGUUGUUUCAAGAAAUGAGAACGGCAAAUUAUUUGCCUAGUGUUGUCUCAUUUAAUACUAUAAUUGACGGAAUUCUAAAAGCUGGAGAUGUUAAAUCUGCUAAAGAGUUGCUAGAAGACAUGUUCAAAUUGGGUUUAACUCCCGAUAUAAUUACAUUCUCUACAUUAGUAAACCGGUUUUCAAAACUUGGGCUCUUGGAUGAGGCUAGAAUGUGUGUUGAGAAGAUGAUUGCUCGUGGUAUUGAACCUGAUGUCUUUGUAUUUGAUUCUUUAUUAAAGGGCUAUAGUUCAAAAGGUGAAACAGAAGAAAUUGUUAACUUGCUUCAUCAGAUGGCAGACAAGGGUGUUAUUCUUGACAAAGAAAUAACUUCUACCAUCUUGGCGUGCCUCUGUCAAAUCUCUGAUGAUGUUGAUGUGAUGGAGGUUCUCCCAACUUUUUCCAAAGAGACAUCAAAAGGAAUAAGCAUUACCUGCAAUGAGCUAUUGAUGAAAGUCAAUAAAUCUUACCCGGAACUUAAGUUACGUGCUGCUUGAGAUUCUUUCUCCUGAAGAGGCCUCCCAGUACCACAAAAGUGUGUUGCUUUGUAUGUGCUAUGCUACAUAAGUCAUAUUGUCUUUCUUUUGUUCAAUUUGAAAUAUUCGUUAUUUAUUAAUUCCUAAAGGAAUGGCCAAUUGCUGUUCUUACUAUCAUUUUGAAAAUAGAAAAUUACGAUUGGAAUUGAUGUAGUCAGAUUCUGUAGAUAGCAUAUUUUAAUCCUAUUACGAACAGUAUUUUUGUAGUGCUUUUAAGGUUCACCUUUUUCUCUCUUGCCCAUAAUAUACUAGCUAAGUGAUGCUCCAUGAUUACUCUGUUAUAGUAUUCAUUUCUUAGUAUAACAUUUGUGUUGGUUCUUCUGGCAUUGGUUCAAGCCUCCUUUCAUUAGCAUUGGUUCUUCUGGUGUUCUUCAUGCACAUAAUAAGGUGUUGAAGUGUGUACGUAAAAACAUGUAAUAGAAUGUAGAAUAACCUGAAAAAAAAAAAAAAUUAACAAAUACAAGAUAGAUUAUAGUUCAGAGAAGGUGAUAGAUAACAUUGAAUAGUGGGUAGAGCUUGAUAAAGAAAAGAACAGAACAGAAAUUUAAGCUUAGGUUGUUAUUCUUAGAAUGUUUCUGGUAGAUGAUAGGGUUCUGUAACAGAGGGACAAAAGAUGGUAGAAAGAAGCGUUACAGUAUAUAUGUGGAUUGCAUAAUCAUGCACACACAGACACAGACACACAGACACACUAAGACAGCUAGAAACACACACUCACCUCUCUUUGCUUCAAUCAAUUCUCUCCCUCAAGCUUCAGUUAAGUAUCUAUACCCAGCCUGUUAAGAAAGGAAAAAUUAGAACAACAGGGAGCUUCAAUUAAUAGCAAGUUCAUGUUCAAUGGCAAGGCCAGGGGCCAAAGAAUCAAUAGAGUAUACUACAUUCUAAAAAAAUUCUUUUAUUCCUGUCCGUCCAACUGAGCCAAAGCUCGUGUUAGAAGAUUGAUACCUAAUCCCAUUUGUUCAUUUUAUACCAUAUCACUAUGAUACACUUGGAAUAAAUAAAGAAAAGUACAAUAUCAUAUAUCUCAAGUGUUUGAUUUCCUCAUUUUGACCCAUUAUAUUUGUGGAUUUUAUGUUUUAUUUUAUUUUUAUAAUUAUUGACAUUUUAGUAGAAAUAUGUUUCUGAUACCAAUAUCAUUUGAUAAGUAUCUGAUGAAAA